UGUUGACGCGGAUGUAAAUAAUGUUGUGAUUGGUCAAAACAACUUGUCGGGGUUCUUACUUUAUAUCGAGCUAAAUCAACCAAAUAUGUCGUAUAUUUCGCGAAAGAAGGAGAAAAGUAUAUGGGAUGAAAUAUGCAAAGAGUUUGCUCUCAUGCGACCACCAUUCCAGGCGGAUGAUGAGGGUUCGUCAGUCACGACAGAGGUCAUCGACUACAACCCUGCCGCUCAUUCCCCCGUUAUGUUUGGUCACAUGUACGAGAAGGUGGAACAGGCGGACACGGAUCUCACCAGUGAAUUCAAUCCUGCGGUGUCUCACCCGGCAGCUGUAGGCUACACCAUGAUAGAGAAACCCUUGAGGCAACCUACCCCACCCCCAGCACCGAAACCUCCAAAAGACACAUGUACACCAAGAGAGUAUCAGGAGCACUACAUCUUCCCUACACUUCUCCCAGCUUUGCUAGCAAUGCUGAAACAAGCCAAAAUUGAAAGGUGUUUUGAGAGAAAGCGCUUUCGCUUCAACGGUCUUGACUUUUUGACGGAGUACCUUUGGAGGCAUAACCCAAGUGUUUCAGGCCGUGAGAAAGAUAAUCUUGAUGAGAUUCCAUUUGUCAAAACCAUCCUGGCUGAAAACCCUAGACCUCCUCUGCCUCUGUCUCUGAUUUGGAGUGAGGUUGAAGCAGCCACUGUCAUCCAAUCUUUCUUCAGAGGCUAUAAGGUCCGGAAGCUGGAGCACAUCCAGGAGCUCCGUCACUGGCAGAAGGAGUGGCGCGAGGAGAACGCUGACAUCAAGCACAAGGUGGAGCACUUCUGGAUGGAGCACGAGCCAGGUCCGGCCCAGGAGGAGCUCCGCCGCAGUGCCAAGCACAACAGGAGCCAGGGAUACCCAGCCUGCUUCAGGCUUCGUACGUGGAGCCCCAGCCCGGAGCCGGUCGACCCUUCUCCACCGGAGCUGGAGGUGGAUCCUUCCGAGGCUGAUCGCACCACGACAACGGCUGGGGAUCAGCUGUCACGUACUAAUGCAACAGAGAGAACAGGCUCUGUGGUCUCUACCGUUCCGUCAACGACAGUCUCGUCAACUAAGAGAACAAUUGUAUCAUAGUGUUGGGAAUUCACAAGAACAUUGUUCUUUAACACUUCAUGAACUUCUAGUGCACAGUAUUUACUUACGAAGCAUUCAUUUUUACAAGAUGUAAAUACAUUUUUUGAGCGAGGUUUCAACAUUCUUUUGACAAGAUUUAAAAUAGAGCUGUGAAGGUUGAUUCCCUAACUUCUCUUAUGUUAACAUGUUUGUGAUUAUCUGCAUUCGGAGCUAGCCAGUAUGCUUACAUUAUUCACUUUGAUAUGAACCAAUGCCUUUGGUUACGUGCAAGAAGUUCAAUCAAUGUUUAAGUAAAGAGAGUAAUGUCUCUUAUGGAAUUAAAACAACAAAUCUUCAGAAGAAUUUCAUAUCAUGAUGUUUUGAUGGCAACAAAGGGCAGGAUCUUGUCAUUUCAAUCAAGAUUUCCAGACAACAUCUACAUUGUUUUCCCCCAAACAAAAGAUACAAUGCUCAACCGAAUUCAGGACUUAAUAAUGGUCAUUUCUGAAUUGCCCGACUGAGCUUGGAUGCUACAAAUAUUUUGAAUUUAUGUACUUAAGAUAUUUCACUCCCCCCCCCCCCUUCACUCUUGUUAUCUUGAAAAUACACAUCAGUCCGUAUGUAUGUUAGAGCGUGUCAAACAUGCACUUCCAAUCUUAGUUGCAUUCCCAUUUUACACACAUCAGGAAUUUUAUUUGUAGGAUCUAUGGAGCAUAUACAUUCAAGAUGUAGGGAAAGGUCUCGUUUCACAAUACACAUAAGAUUGCUUUACAAGGUUGAGUAUACUCCCACCGACUGACCAAUUUUUCUUCCCCCCCCCCCCCCCCCCCCCCCCACCGAACAAAACAAAACCAGUUUUACUCUAUGAUCUUGGGGAGCUUCUAUCUUCCUCAACCAGUAUUUUUUCUAAUUGAUAUAUUAUACAAAUGAUGGAAGUACAAAGAGAUGUAUAGAAAGAUGUAGGGCCUCCACGGAAAACAGUAUUUAACUACUGAUGGAGCAACCCUACUAAAAAAAACAACUAAUAAAUAAAUAAAUAAAAUAUUGUUAAUAAAAGAAUCUAAUAUUCAUAUGUUUAUUUUUAUGGCACUGGGAACAGACAAAAUCCAAGGGCAUUGAAAGAUUUUCAUUGAUAGAAAUAUAUAUUUUAUUAUAUGAUUAAGUACAGUGCAGUUUAUCAAAGUGCAUGUCCAAAGUACAUGAUUAAACUUUAAUCCUAUUCACAUGAUUACAUCACAAUCAAAUGUAAUAGUAUUUAAAAAGCUGGUUGAUAAUCACUAAUGACAUUGAUAUGAAGUCAAUUAAAAAUCAAUCAAAAAUAAAAUUAGGAGGGACUUUGAACUAAGUAGACCCUACAAGUUAAAUUUGUCCAGUUUUGAAAGUACACGUCUUCAUGAAAGUAUUGGUUAAACUGGGCUGCAUGAUUAGCCCUAGAUAUUCUAGAGAGCUUGAUACGGGAAAUAUGAAAUUGGAAUACUAUACUACAUACACAUGUACAUGACUUCUAAUUUACAUUAUAACGGUCACAGUGGAAGAUCAUUGAUAAGGGUUAUAACCAUGCAAUUCUGUUUUGCUUCAAAAUUCCAAACCAUAGCAGGUAUUUAUGAACUCAUAUUACUUGUUAACACCUACAUGUAAAGACUUAAAUAAUAAAACAAAAAUAAAAUAUAUGAACAAUAAAUGAACGAUAUUUUACACUACAAGAGGACUCGCCUUCAUAACAUAUAGAUAAACGUGUAUAGUGUCUAUCCUUUUUAAAAUCCAUAAUAUAAAAGUUUUUCAAUACAUUUUUUUUUGUUGAAAAUAUUUUGGAAUGCCCAUGUAUUGCUGCAUAUCACCGAAUACAAUAGCGAUUUUAUUUCCUUUAAAAUUGUAAGUGAAAAUUUAUGACAGAUGUCAUCCCUAUAGCACAUUAAAAAAAUAGACACAAGUGGAUGGGUGUUAAGAUAAUCCUUAAACCUUUAUGCUGUAUAAAGCGUAUAUUUUGUAGCAAUAUAUUUCUUUUAUCAUUAAUGUCAUGUAAAUAUAUAUGCAUGUAAUAUAAGAAAAUAUUUGUACAUACGACGGCAACAAUGUAUCGAUACACCAGUAUAAUAAAUAUUGAUGAAAAGUAAGUAAAAUGUAUUAACAGACAUACAUAGUAUGUGAUUCUGAUUAAAACCAAUUUUUUCAAACAGCAUA